GGGCAACGCAUUACGCCCGUCGCAGCGUCAUAGUCGACGCAUGACGACCUUUCGCUGCUGCCAGACCCAUAAUUAGGCCUUCAGCCACCCGCAAGCUAGCAAUGACAUACCCAGACACGCUCCACCCGCGCGUCUCUAUAAAGUCUGCCUCGACGUGAACUCUCUCCGACGACGAACCUGCGCGCGACCGCCAUGCUCAACAAGCGCCCCCUCAACGCCUACUCUGCGGGUGUUAGCCCUGCGCCACGAUUCCGCUUCCUGCCAUGGAUUCGCCUGCACGGGCUGGACCUGAUCACGAUGGCGCUCAUGGGCGCGCUGGGCCUUGGGAUUUACUGGGCCGACCCCGCGCCCAGCAGGUCCUUCCCCGUGUACUUCAGAGACGGGGAGAUCGUGUACCCGCAGUACGCGUAUCCCCUUCGCAAGGAGAUUGUGCCCAUUUAUGCGGCGGCUCUCAUUGCGUUCUUCGCCCCGUUCUUCUUCUUCUGCCUCUUCCAGUGGCGGAGGAGGAGCUUGGAUGACUUGCUCACGACGACUAUGGGACUACUGAAGAGCUUGAUUACGGCGGCGGUGUUCCAGGUCUGGCUCAAAUGGCUUAUUGGCGGCCUGCGUCCGCAUUUCCUGACCGCCUGCCAACCUAAUGUCGACCCCGCAAACCUCAAUGGUGUGGGCUUCGGUUCGAUCUACUUCGACCGCACCGUCUGCACCGGCGACCGUGACCAAAUUAACGACUCCCUCGAAUCCUUCCCAUCUGGCCAUUCGACUGCAGGAUGGGCUGGCCUCUUCUAUCUCGCACUGUACUUCAACGCGCAGCUGAAGGUCAUGAGCGCGCACAACCCCGCGUACUGGAAAAUGAUCCUGUUCUUCUCUCCCCUGCUCGGUGCGACGCUCAUCUCUGGCGCUCUGACUAUUGACGAAUACCACCACUGGUACGACGUGCUCGCUGGUGCGAUCAUUGGUACUUCGACCGCCAUCGUCGCCUACCGUCAGACCUUCGCCGCCAUCCUGGACUUCCGCUUCAACCACAUCCUCCUCCCGCGCACCACGUCCAUGUUCCACCGCAUGCCCUACUUCCCCGAGCGUGCAAUGACGGACGGACGUGCUGGCGGGAUUAUGCAGCAACUGCCGUACUUCAACUACCACCCGGGCUACGACUACACGACAUCGUCGCUGCCGUUCACGCGCGACGGUGGCUGGGGAUGGGGUCAGGAGGCGUUCGCUGGCGCGCCGAACGACGCGUCGGGCUUGGGAGGGUUCGGCGGUGGGACGAUGGGUGGUGUUCCCCCUUCGGGUGCCCAUCACACUGGCGGAGGCGCGCUGGGCAGGGCCGAGGCUGGCUACGGAAAUGGCGCAGGCAAUCGCAUCUAAUCCCUUUCGUGACCUUCAAAGUUCUGUUACCUUUUCACUUGCCUGUACUCACUUGGUUUUGGACUGCUUUCGAACGCAACUGUACUCCUUAUGUUGUUACGACCUGUACUACCUGCUACUUCCGAUAUUGCUCUCUCAAUACCCGAUUUGUGAGUGUGCUGA